UUCGUAUUUUGAGGACACAGGAAGCUGAAGCGGAGCAGCUAGCUUGUUUGUGCCCAGCGGCUAAAGAUGUGUGUGUGUGUGUUAUGACGUCAUUGAGAAGUUACACGUCAUAGUUUUACGUUAACCAGCGAGUGUCACGCAUCGCCGCGGUUCGCGGUAGCUGCGACGAUGCUGUGUUUGCGUGGAAAAGCGGCGAAAACGUCGGUUUCUUUACGGAAGCUGUGUGUCCUCUCACUGCUGCAGCGCCCCCUGCAGUCCUGGAACAGCACUGCUCGCAGUCUCUCUUCUAAACCUCCUCCACCUCUUACGCCCGACUCCUCUGAGUGUGAACCUGGUUCUCUUGACCAGGUUCCACCGCCCACUCCCACUCACUGUUGCAUGAGCGGCUGUCACAACUGCGUGUGGAUCGCUCACGCCGAGCAGCUGCUCGCGUUCUACCACGACGGAGGCGACCGGGCGAUCGCCGCCAUCGAGGAGAGCGUCAUUGACGAGAACCUUAAAACGUACUUGAAGAUGGAGAUCAGACUCCUGAAGAAGACGUGACGUGUUUUACCUCCACAUCUGCGCACGCUUCAGAAGACUGACACUGACUCCACGACUGAGGACGGAUUUUAGCCACUUUAUAAAAGACUAAACUUAUAAAAUCACGUCUUUUUCUCACUGUGAGACAGACUUUUCCAACAGGAACAGUGGUUUGUAAACCACUCACUCUCCCACACCAAACCCCAUAGAGAACAUCAGUGAUUUUAACAUCACACACACACACAGGAGUUGUUGAUCCACUGCUGCCUCCAUCACUAAGUUCUAAUGUCUUAUUUUAAUGAAUUCGGCAUUUGAUACUGUAUAUGUGAUUUAGACCAGCGGCUCCUGUGUUGAGCUUUGGUGUGGGAGAGUGAGUGCUUUACCGACAUAGAUUUUAAUUACAGUCGUUUGUAACAAACACAGGAGUUCAACAGAAAAUGUGUUCAUUUGAUUUGUGUGUGUUUUUUUCUUGAAUUCAAGCACAUUUUUAUUUAUGAAGUUAAAAUAUAUUUAUUUAUGUGUGAUUCUAUUUAAGAGUUUUAUUUAAAUUCUGUUUCUGAAUUUUAUUUUUUCAGGAAUAAAUGUUUCUUUCUUCCAGAAAAGAUCACUUUUUCCUGCCCUUUGUUUCACUGCAGCAGCAGAAUGAGCCACCGGAGGGCGCCGGACACUAACUGAUGUCAUGUCUAAAAAAACAUGUUAUUAAUAUAAACUAUUUUUAAAUGAUGUUAUUAGCUAAAGACUUUUCUGGAAUGGUUUAAAGAUGCAGCUCCCCCUUGUGGUGCUUCAGCGUUAAUCACUAGGACUGUAUGUUGGUGAAUAUUUUUAUCGCGAUGCGUGACAAUAAUAUCGUACGUCUUUGAUCUCGCUGAGACAUCACUCGCUCGCGUUUCUCUGAGAUGUCACCCUGACCCCUGACCCUGAUCUCCUCACACUGACUCAGCACUGAAAUCCUGUGAUUAUAAUGAUGAGCCAGCACUUUUUCUCUCUCUGUGUGUGUGUGUGUCUCAGACCGUCCAGUUCUUCUUUUGAUCUGGUUUGUCCAGAGGAUUAUAAUCUCACUGACCACUGUGACGCGAUGGAAACACACAGAUUACUGUCAGCUGACCUGUGUGUGUGUGUGUUCUCUCGUGUCCAUUUGAGGACUUCCAGUCGUUUCUGUGGCUCCUCUUCUGUUCCUGAUGACAUCGGGGGGGGGCGGAGCCUGGGGUUUGUACACCUGUUACCUUUGUUUGUGUGUGUGUGUGUUUUAUCAUUUUAAAUUGGUAAAGUGACAUUUAAUACAUUAAUUAAAACUUAUGUUUGCACAUUUGUUUUGGGGACACAAAAACCAUCACCUGCGUCCCAUAUGUGGGCCCUGACCCAGUGUUUGUGAACCACUGAGUUAGAUGAGUGAGGUUUUCAGUCGUUGGCGGUGGAUAAUGCUGUAAACGCAUGAUUAUUAUUAUUGUUAUUAUCAUUAUUAUUAUUAGGGCACGAGCACUAAUGCCAGGUGCUGAAACGGCUCUCUAGCGCCCCCUCAGGUGAAAACAGAGGCAAAAUUAAGUUCCAUCAAGUUUCCCGAAACUCAGUGUGUAGAUGUUAUCGACCAAGACGAACAGAAAAGUCCACCGUAACCAUGGCCUCAACUCAACAGGAAGUCGGCCAUUUACGCCCGACGUAAACGAGCAAAAGGUCGAUUCAAACGUGAGGUCAUGACAGCGUGCAGUCCUAGUUAUUGUUAUCAUUAUUACACAGGAGCACUAUUAUUGCACCACUUUAAAUGUUGUAUUUUUCACGUUCAAAACAGACCAAAAUCCAGACUUAAAUCUGGGUUCAUCAGGUCUUUUCUGAAGCUGAACCAUGGAAAUGACUCCGCCUCUGAACGUUUGAACUCAUGUUUAAAGACUCCGCCUCUUCUCUGUGGCUUCACAUCAGGAGAAUAUAUCAGAUAUAUCAGACAUGAGUCAUUAUAUUAUCAAAAUGAUUAUUUUUGCCAUCUUUAAAUAAAGAAAC